AUGAGUGGCAUAGCAUUGAUACCCACACCUUGUAAUCUCGUAAUUGCGUCUUCUUCAUCAUCCUCCAAAUUUCAGAAAACAAUCCGAACCAAAACCAAAGUCUCACUCAACAACGCCAUAUCAAUUUCUUCAGAUCCCUUCAUUCUCGAACUCGCCGAAGCCUUAGAAGACUCCGUUCCCACACCACAACCUCUCCAAAACCUUCGAGAAGCUUCCUCCGAAUCUCUCCUCUCAUCCUCAUGGCCUUCCCGCAGAGACGAGCCCUUUCGUUUCACCGACGUCUCUUUCCUCCGCUCUUCCCAAAUCCUCCCCGCCCCAAUCCCAACCCCAACCCUAACUCCGUUCUCCACCUCCCAAUUCCCCUGCCACGUCAGCAUUGUCGAUGGACACUUCAUAACCUCAUUGUCUGAAACCUCGGAGUUUCCCGAUGGGGUUUACGUUGGUAGUUUGUCGAAUCUGAAUUCUACUGUUGCUGAAAGGGUGUUGGAAUUGGUUUGUGGAUUGGACGGUGGUGAUUUGUUUUGGUCAAUUAACGGUAUGGGUGCUCCUGAUUUGACGGUGGUUUAUGUACCGGAGGGUUGUCGUCUUCAAAGUCCGGUUCAUUUGGGUUAUUUUUCAUUGCAGGGUAGUAAGGAAGGUUCGAAUGCUUUGUAUCUUUCGAAUCCGAGAGUUUUGGUGGUGGUGGAGAAAGGUGGAGAAGUUGAUAUAAUUGAAGAGUUUUCCAAUGAUGAAGAGAAUGAGAAUGAGUGUUAUUGGACUAAUGCUGCUUUGGAAGUGGUGAUCGGGGAAGGGGGUAAAGUUAGGCAUUCUUAUAUUCAGACUCAGUCACCUCUUGCUGCGCACAUCAAAUGGACCUCGGUUCGCCAGGAAUCAUCCAGUACAUACGAGCUUACAGAGGUAAGCACAGGAGGCAAACUAGGAAGGCAUAAUCUUCAUAUCAAACAACUAGGUCCGGAAACGGUGACAGAGAUAUCAACUUUGCACUUGUCUGCUGGUAAUCAAACACAGGAUCUUCACAGUAGUCUUGUAUUCGAUCAUCCAAGGGGCUAUUCUCGUCAGCUUCAUAAGUGCAUUGUGACUCAUUCACAGGGACAGGCAGUUUUUGACGGAAACGUUAAGGUUAACAGAUAUGCCCAGCAGACAGAUGCAGGACAGUUAACAAGAAGCCUUCUUCUUGAACCCCGUGCAACUGUAAAUGUUAAACCGAAUCUCCAAAUCAUUGCGGAUGACGUCAAGUGUUCCCAUGGAGCAGCAAUAAGUGACCUAGAACAAAGCCAGCUCUUGUAUUUCCAAGCACGCGGCAUUGAUUCAGAAACAGCUAGAAGGGUUCUAAUAUUUGCAUUUGGAGGUGAAGUGAUCGACAAGUUUCCUUAUUCUUCCAUUAGAGAUAAAGUACGAAGUCAGAUUAAAAGUUUAUUGGAUCCAUCUUCUAAAUGA